ACUAUGCAAAGCGCGAAAAAUGUGUACUUCAAAAUAAUUGUACUAGCUGUUGAAGUCAAUCGGAGUAUGAUAUGGUCUCCUGGGUCAGACACCGAGACAUUCAUCUGCUGACGGUUGGCCGGUACACGUAUACCGGUGAUCAGCGUUUCCGGUCGAUCAAUCAACCACCAAGUGAAGACUGGACGCUCCAGAUCAAGUAUCCGCAGAUCAGAGACUCGGGUAUCUACGAAUGCCAGAUAUCCACCACGCCACACAUCAGCCAGUACAUUCAUCUUCAAGUCGUUGGUAAGAGCAACCUAACCACGCUAUACCACCACCGUGAUACACGUGCAUUGUGCUAUGCCGCUAUGUAUGAUAUUCUGUUUAUAAUUACCCUCUCUCCCAUUCCAAUGGUUAGGUCAUUUAAUAAUAUGGUAGAUAAAAUUUGGCUAUACGAAAUCUAA